AUAUUGUGCUAUAUACCUUUAAAAAACAGAAAAUUACGUGUUUCCUAAGCUCCGUCACAAAUCGUGACGGUAUAACAACGAAUUUGUGUAUUUAUUAGACAAUUUGAUCUUAUCUUUUCAUUAUAGGAAAUCUAAUACAAGAGAGUAGUCAUACAGGCCGUGAUGGACUACCUGCAAAAGCAAUUAUUAUGUUUAGCUGAAAAGAUAUUAGAACAGUUAUGGGGGUUUACUCAGGAGGAAAAAAUAGGUAAAAAUAAAAAAAAUAUCGUAUUUUGUUUAUCCAUUCAUUUAUUAUUUUAUAAAGAAAGACUAAUAAAUUUUUAUUACUAAUAAUAGUAAUUCAAUUUCGAGUGAAGAAG